AUGGAGGAAAAGGGCGCCGCAAUGGCCGUGGCCGGCUCGACAGUCGACGGUAACGUGAAUCGUGAUGCCGGUGCCAGCAUGACCGAGAACGCGACCUCCUCUUCGGACACUCUGACUCCCGCCAACUUCAAAGACCCGCCGGUGAUCAACGAAAGGUCAGCCGAAGAAGGAGUGGAAAUCAAUGACGAGAACACUGUCUGGUGGACGGGCGACGACGACCCCGAGAAUCCUCACAACUGGCCUAUCUGGCGAAAAUACUCCAACAGCACCCUCAUCAGCCUCCUCACCCUCAUCACGCCCAUGGCGUCAAACAUUGCUACUCCUGUCAUGCCCGAUGUAAUGAAGUACUUCAACAAAGCUUCAAACGCGGAACUAUCAGCGUUCGUCGUGUCUGUCUACGUGCUCGGGUUCGCCUUCGGGCCACUCGUCUUCGCGCCCCUCAGUGAGCUGUAUGGCCGCCUGCCCGUUUACCAUGUCUGCAACAUCAUCUUCGUCAUAUUCACCUUGGCUUGCGCCAUGGCACCUACUCUCGACUCCCUCAUUGUGUUUCGAUUCUUCGCCGGAUGCUUCGGCGCUGCCCCCAUGACGAAUGGAGGAGGCAGCAUCGCGGACAUGUUCCCCCCCGAGGAGCGAGCCGUCAUAAUGGCUGUAUUCAGCAUUGGUCCACUGUUCGGUCCGGUCAUCGGUCCCGCUGUUGGGGGCGUGCUUGCUCAGAACAAGGGCUGGAGAUGGGUUUUCUGGCUCGUUGCCAUAUUGGGCGGCGCGGUCUCUGUUGCCAUGGUCCUGGUGUUGCGAGAGAGCUACGCGCCGGUCAUAUUGGGCCGGAGGACCAAAAGGCUGCGCAAGGAGACGGGGAACCAACAGCUCCGCUCGAAGCUUGACCAAGGUUUGACGAGCCGGCAGCUCUUCAAGCUGUCCAUCAUCCGUCCAAUGAAGCUGCUCGUCUUUUCCCCAAUUUGCACGGUCUUCGCCGUGUACGCCAUGGUUGUGUUCGGGUUCCAGUACCUCAUCGGUACGUCGAUACCAUUUGUGUUCAGAGACACGUACGGCUUUUCACCGAUCGAGACCGGCCUGAUGUUCGUGGGCGGAGGCGUCGGGUGUUUGGUCGGUAUGAUUUGGUUUGGCGUCGAUAGCGCCAUGGCAAUGAAGAGGACAAAGGAGCAGAAUACCGAGAGUGAGGCGGAACCGGAAGUCCGACUGAGACUGCUUCCGCCCGGAGCCAUCAUCUUACCUGCUGGAUUCUUUAUCUACGGAUGGACCACACACUUCCAGACACACUGGCUGGGUCCCCUAGCCGGACUGUUCAUCAAUGGCGUUGGAAGUAUCCUCAUCAUAAUGGUAAUAUCAGUUUACCUGGUUGAUGCCUAUGAUCGGUAUGCAGCUUCGGCACUUGCGGCGAACACGGUCAUGAGAUCCAUCGCGGGUGCGAUAAUUCCUCUCUGCGGGCUGAAAAUGUACAAACAGCUUGGGCUCGGCUGGGGAAACUCACUGCUUGGUUUCAUCGGCAUCGCUUCAAUUCCUAUUCUACUCAUUGUCCAGCGCCACGGAGCGAGAAUCAGGCAGAAGUUUGACGCCAGCACUCUCUAA